AAUAUAUCGUGAACAUACAGUACGUUGGAGACGUAACAAUUUACUACUACAUAAGCGCCACCUGGUGGUGGGAUCACAACCAGUUUUGCGUCGUGUUUUAUAUCUCGAAAGGGUACAUCGGCUACAUAUUCUUAAAAUAACUCAAAGUAAAAGGACCAAAAUAAACGAUUUGUGUAAUAAGAUUAUGAUUAGGCACAUAGUAGUAGAUUGUUUUCACGGGUUUCCGGCAAGCGUAGUUGUCAUAGCAACUGCAAACAAUAAACCGAAACUUCUGCAGCAACACAAGUGCUUUCUAAGAUUUUUACCGAAACGUAACAUUUAAUAGCCUUCUGUGCAUUUUCACAUUUUAACCAUGAUUACUCCACCCGACUCCUUGCUGAAGUACGAUACUCCGGUGUUAGUGAGCAAAAAUACCGAGAGGAAAUCCCCAAAGAGUCGCCCUUUAAAAGUGAGUCCUCAACAGAUGUCAAUCAAUGCCCCUGUUCCACCUCCACCUAAACCAAAGAGUCCCUCAACGGAUGCCAGCCAACAGCAAACAGAAGAGAUCUUAAAUGCUAUUCUACCACCUAGGGAAUGGAUGGAGGACAACCAGUUAUGGGUGCAGCAGGUGUCCACCGCACCGUGCACACGGUCAGACGUCAUUCAUUUAAAAGAGCAGCUGCACAAAAAGCUAGAGCAGUACCAGGCCAAAGAGACAGGUAUAUGCUCCGUACGCAGGGAACUCUACUCUCAGUGCUUUGAUGAGUUAAUCAGACAGGUCACGGUUAACUGUGCGGAGCGGGGCCUUCUGGUGCUGCAAGUUAGAGAUGAGAUUCGCAUGACUAUUGCUGCCUAUCAAACAUUGUAUGAGAGCAGCAUCGCAUUUGGCAUGAGGAAAGCUCUCCAGGGUGAGCAUGGAAAGCUGGACAUGGAGAACAAGACGUUGGAGUUGGAGAGCGAGAAGCGAGAUUUGGAGAGGCUGGUGAAUGAGCAGAAGGCUAAAUGUGAGGCCAUUGAGAGACGGGAAGCUGAGCGAAGGGAAAUUGAGGAAAAGAAGCACGCCGAAGAGGUCCAGUUCCUCAAAAAAGCCAAUCAGCAACUCAAGGCACAGCUGGAGAGUAUAAUUACCCUGAAGAACAAACCUUGAAUUAUUAUAACUGUUAAAACGCACUAAAUCUGAAGUUGUUUUUCUCACUUUUCAGUUUCAAUGAAUAAAAU